UCAACUGAUAAGGCGUGUGGGAACCACGUCAAUUUUGCUUACUGUAAUAAAAAAACAAUCAGAGAUUUUUAUUAUUUUUUUCUUCUCCCUCAAGAUAGAUAGACAGACUGUUUGGUUUUUUCAUUCAAUUAACAACAUUAUUCAUUGUUUCUGGGCUCCUUUCUCUCUUCUUCUUCAUCUUCUUCUAACUAAAUAGAUCCUUGUUCAAAUUCUCGAUUUUAGGUCAGGAUCUGGUUAUUGGAUUUUGAAGAAAGCUCUCUCUCUCUCUAAUCAUAUUUAUUUAAGGUUAAUCUGAUCUGUGGAAAUGGAAUUUUUCUUUGGAGCCAUGAAUGGAGGGUCACAGAAUUCAGAAUGUCAAUUUGCUCAAGAGGGCAUUCAAAAAUGUCCAUUUCUUAGGAACAUUAACGAACCCACUAACUUCGCCUUUGCCAAACCAAUGAAUUUCUCAAUGCCUGUGAAGGGUGCAAAAGGUCCAAUUUUCGAAGAUGGUCCUAAUUUUGAUAUGGCAUUUAAGGUUUUCCAUGGGAAUGAUGGAGUGGUUCCACUCUCCGGAAGAUCUUAUCUAGGCAGUGAGAAUUUGGAAUCUGAGUCUAAACCCGUUCAGUUCAAUCCUUUAGCAGCAAAGGCGGCCUCAAUUAGUCUCUCGUCAGCCUUUGGACCAGGUGGACCAUUCGGUUUUGAUUUUUUCAACAAAAAAUUUAAUUCCAAGAACAAAAAUUCUUCCAAGGGAGGAAACUCGUCACACGAAGCAGUAGGAAAUGAGUGGUUGGAACAAGGGAACUGUCCAAUUGCUAAGUCUUAUAGAGCAGUUAGUGGUGUCCUGCCGUUGGUAGCUAAGGCUCUGCAGCCUCCGCCAGGCAUGAAAUUUAAAUGCCCGCCUGCAAUAGUAGCAGCUAGGGCAGCAUUGGCAAGGACAGCUCUGGUGAAGACCCUUCGCCCACAAGCUCUGUCAACGAAGAUGUUGGCAAUUGGCAUGUUGGGAAUGGCAGCUAAUGUCCCAUUAGGCAUAUGGAGGGAGCACACAGAAAAGUUCUCGGUCUCAUGGUUUGCAGCCGUACAUGCAGCGGUACCUUUUAUAGCAAUGCUUCGGAAAUCUGUUUUGAUGCCUAAGACAGCUAUGGCUUUCACGAUUGGUGCUUCUAUUUUGGGACAAGUUAUUGGAUCAAGAGCUGAACGUAUUCGACUCAAAAAGGUUGCAGCCAAGAAGGCAGAAAUGGCAAUGACAGCCUCUAUGGACAGUUCCAGUCAAUUGCAGGCUGUUGGUGCUAGUAACAAAGGUGCGCAGUGUGGGGAACUUGUGGUUUGGGAUCCACUUCUUCUGAAUCUGACUACCGGAUUGCCUUCUUCUUCAAGUGGAAGUUUGUGCUAUUAACUAUCACAUCAGAUGUUCCAGAGACCUCAGUCGUGGUAUGUUGUUCAAUUGUUGGUUUUGUAAAACAUUAUGUAUUUCACAUUCGAGUGAGUUCCCUAGGAAGAAAUGUAUCAUGGGGUCUGAGAAUAAAAAAGAGGGAGGAUUCGACAUUGUUUACAUAUUGUUCGAUGAACUUGACCUUAAAAUUAAAAAAAUCUAUUAUCUAUAUUUACUUU